GUGACAACUGACAGGCUUCAAAUAAUUCAUCACUUUUUUGAUAAUCUUUCUUUCACUGUUGUUCGGUCGGAUAAAUACGACGUAGCUUGAAGCUAAAAUGACGUCGAAAGUAUCUCGUGACACUUUGUACGAAUGCGUAAAUGGCGUGCUCGAUCACGCCAAGGAAAAGAAACGGAACUUUUUGGAAACCGUCGAAAUCCAGAUCGGUUUGAAAAACUACGAUCCCCAAAAGGACAAGCGUUUCAGCGGAACAGUCAAAUUGAAGCACAUUCCUCGCCCGAAAAUGCAAGUAUGCGUGUUGGGAGAUCAACAGCACAUCGACGAGGCCACAGCCAAUAACGUACCCAACAUGGACGUCGAGGCGUUGAAGAAAUUGAACAAGAACAAGAAGCUCGUGAAGAAAUUGGCCAAAAAAUACGACGCCUUUCUCGCUUCGGAGGCGCUCAUCAAGCAGAUUCCGAGAUUGUUGGGUCCCGGGCUGAACAAGGCCGGUAAAUUCCCCGGGCUGCUGUCCCACCAGGAAUCGAUGACGCAGAAAAUCGACGAGGUCAAGGCCACCAUCAAGUUCCAGAUGAAGAAGGUACUUUGUCUUUCUGUUGCCGUCGGCCAUGUUGGUAUGACUGCCGAUGAACUCGUUCAAAACGUCCAUUUGGCCGUCAACUUUUUGGUUUCGUUGUUGAAGAAACAUUGGCAGAACGUUCGAUCUCUUCACAUUAAAUCUUCAAUGGGACCCCCUCAGCGAUUGUAUUAGAUUAUAUAAUCAUUUGUUAUCGCAUUCCUAUUUAGGUGUGCUUAAAAUAAAUCCUUAAGAGAAACGCAA